AUGCUCAACAACGACCGCGAUAGCAUUGACGGCGAGGACCCCGACCGGGAAGACCCAGAAGACCCGGACGACGUGAACCACCACAACCGUGAGGACACCAACGGCAACGUGAACCACCACAACCGUGAGGACACCAACGGCAACGUGAACCACCACAACCGUGAGGACACCGACGGCAACGUGAACCACCACAACCACGAAGACACCAGAGGAAACCAGAGCGAAGCCAUAUGUGAUGAUGCCACAAGGGGUUCAGAAGUUGACGUGAGCGUUGGCUUCCUGGCGUUCGACACCAUGAAGCCUCACGCCAUGAACCGGACACAAGCCACCAAGCACAAGGAGCAGGUCAUGGGAAUUCGAAGCCACGACCGCCUGCUCUGGAACCAAGUGUGUCCUUAUGCUUCCCGGCGGCGACCAUGCCUUCCGCGGGGCUGUGGCACUUUCCUUCUGGAGAUCUUCGGCUGCGCGGUGCUCACAGGAAUCGCCCACCAGAGCUACGGGUACCCAGUUUCGACCCCUUUGGGAACCGGGCACUUCGGCAACAUCGACCUUAAGACCGUGAGUGGGCGCCAGCAGGCCACCGAGAUCAUUGAGAAGGAGGACCCCUACCUGAUGACGUUCUCGCCGCCGAGCACUCCGUGGACUAGCUGGCAACGGGUCAAUGCCACCAGAAGUGAAGAGGCCAAGGAAGCAAUCCAAAACGAAAGGAAAAGCUGGCUGCCCUUCAUCCGCUGGAUGACCGAGACCAUUGCAGAACGACUUCAGCGAGGUCGGCAAGUCCUGGUUCUGCACCCGGCUGGUUCCGAUUUGUGGGGAACGUGGGACCUCCAAGGCCUUAUCUGGCAACCUUCUGCCCGAGAAGCAGCAACCACCGAACGCCUGGAACAGGUUCCUUUUGACCUGUGUGCUUUUGGGCUGCUGGACAGCCAAGGGCAACACUACGUUCGGAAGCCCAUGCAGGCACUGACCGCGAGCCCUGGGUUCAAGGACCUACUACGCCAGGCCCGGUGCCCCGGAGAUCACCAACACAGCCGGCUGCAGGGGAACAAGGAAUGCCAAGCAAGUGACGGCUGGACCCUGGAGUUCGGCACGGCCGUCAUGGAUGCCCACCUUGGAGAUCUCGAUGGGAUUCUGGUUCGCACUGCCUUUCCGGCGGAAGCUAUGGAGGAAGAGGCGACCGAGUCACCUCUGGAUGACCUUAUGCCACCCACCUUGGACGCUGUCUACGACGACGGUGACCUGGCACGACUUCUACCACAAGGGCAACAGAUUGACGAGCAGGCAGUCAUUGAAGAAGAGACGGCGAACCCCAACUUGGAAAAGGAAGAGGGGGAGCCACUGAGGCAACUGCGGGCUCGUUGGCGUCAACUACCACAAUCUACGCGCAUAGCGGUGCGACGGCUGCACACCAUGACGGGCCACGCCUCUGUUACCUCUAUGCAGCGACUGCUUCGCACGGCCGGGGGCGACUCUGAGGUCAUCAAGGCACUUCCCUAUUUCCACUGUGCCGCGUGUGCUGCCAGAAAACAGCCAGCGCCACAGCCAGCUACGAGGAUGCCCAGCGACUACCGGUUCAAUGUGGAGGUGGCACUGGACUGCUUUGAGGUUAGAGACGUGGCGCGGCACCGCUAUACCAUCCUCUCGGCCGUGUGCAUGGGAACGCUCUACCACACUGCGGCGGUGGUCUCUCCGGAUGGUGGCGUACCUUCUUCGAAGCGAUGCCUGGAAGCCUUCAGUCACAUGUGGCUGAAUUGGGCCGGACCUCCUCGGCGUAUUGUGCUGGACCGUGGGACCCACAACCGCGGCAUCUUCUCUGAAACCAUCAAUGCCAUGGGGAUCGAGCUGCGGUACAUUGGUGUAGAGGCCCCACACCAGCUUGGCAGAGGAGAACGGCAAGGUGGAAUCCUUAAGCAGAUUCUCCAGCAUGUGAUCGAAGCCCGCCAAGUGGACAACCAUUUCCACGGGAUCACCACUCUCCUCCCCGAGGCCACCUUCGUCAAGAACAACCGGAUCCACCACGGCGGCUUUACCCCUUCCCAGUGGACCCUGGGAAAACUGCCGAUUGAAGUGGACUCAUUGGUUGCCGAAGAAGCCACCGACCGAGCUGGAGUACACCAAGAAGCCCUCGAGCCUGAGACCGAGUUUGGCCGCCAGCUGCAAUUUCGUAUGGCAGCCAAGGAGGCCUUCAGCUACAUUGACGGGGCUCAGCGUGUACGAGCCGCAAUGCUUCGCAAAAUGACCCCUCAACGAGGACCUUUCGCACCCGGAGACCUUGUGUGCUUCUUCCGCAAGACACGCGGAAACAUCACAAAGGGCCGGUGGAUGGGACCAGCCCCUAUCCUCGGACUGGAGGGGCGCAACCUUGCAUGGCUCAUCCACGGAGGGAUGCCUAUUACGGCAAGUCUUGAGUCCCUCCGCUUUGCCACUGGAGGUGAGAUUGUGGCAAAGAGGAAUCUGGAGCUGCGCCCAUCCAGGAAGCGCCGCCGUGAGCUUGUUGACCCAGAUGAGGAGUUCGAGUACCCUUUUGGCGACGACCUGGUUGGAUCGCCUACGGCUCAGGCUGGCGGAGGAGAAGCACAACAGAUUCCUUUCUUCAACAAUGACGACCCGGAUCUUGAAGACUACUCUCCGAGCCCGCUUCCUGAGGAACCUUCUCCUGUGCAAGGGACCAAGGCGAAGACAAAUGCUGCUCGAGCCAAGGAGCUUCACCUCAACAAGGCUACCCCUGAAAGGCGCGAGAAGAUGAUGGCCGCCAGAGCUAAGGAAUGGGCCAAUUGGACCAGCUUCGAUGCCACCCGUGUUCUACCACCAGCUGAAGCAGCCAAGUUCCUGGCCGAGAACCCCGAUGUGGAGGUGAUCCCCAUGCGCUGGGUGGACACCUUGAAGUCGGAGCCAUGGGAAGAAGACCGCCACAAGGCCAGGAUGGUGGUAAGAGGGGACCUUGAGCGUGACGGGGACCUACGCACAGACAGCCCAACAUGCAGCCAGCAGAUGUUAUGCUUCACCCUUUCCCUGGCUGCCGGGAAAAGAUGGCCUGUCUUUGGAGGUGAUGUCACAGCUGCCUUUCUGCAGGGUGAGCACAUCACGCGGCAACUGGUGCUCUCGCUCCCUAAGGACGGCGUGGAGGGCAUCGAAGAGGGGAGCAUCAUGAUCGCCAACAAGCCGGUGUAUGGGACGCGUGAUGCACCGAGGGGCUUCUGGAAGAAGCUUGCGAAAACGGCCAAGAAGCACGGCUUCAGAGAGAUUCCCUUUGAGCCGGCUGCCUACUCCCUGAGCAAUGCCAAGGGCGAGCUCCUCGGGAUUGUCGUCUCCCACGUCGACGACCUUCUGUGGACUGGGGGGCAAGAAAUGAGCGAGGUGAUGAAGAAGUUUCAAGAGGACCUGAAGUUCGGAUCGCUCGAUGAGGGCGACUUCACCUACUGUGGCAGGAAGAUAGCUCAAGAGGCCGAAGGGAUCCGAGUGACCUGUCCGAACACAGCAGCCAAGGUUCGAGCCAUACAUGUGGCUCCUCAGCGCCGGAAGCAGCGAGACCUCCCGGCAACCGACUCUGAGACGAGCCAGCUACGGAGUGUGCUUGGAUCGUUAGGAUGGGUUGGCCGAGUGUGUCGGCCCGAUAUAUCCUAUGAGCUCUCCUCCUUGCAGGCUGUCCAGAAGCAGGCUACCGUGCAGGACCUCCUCGACGCCAACCGGCUUCUCUACUAUGUGCAGAAGACCCCCGAAGCUGGAGUGUUCUAUAGGUACGGGGCAGUAGAUAUGGACCGGGCUGUCCUGCUGUCCAUUACCGACGCCUCCUAUGCCGCCGACUUCGACACAAGCAGCAGCGGGAAGGCGCUUGGAAACCGGUCGCAGAGUGGAAGACUGCUUUGUUUGGCAGACCCCAGCUUCCUGGAAAGCGGAGAAGGAGAGGUGUACCUGCUGCAGCACCACUCCAAUGUGUUGCGUCGAGUGUGCCGGAGCACCCUCCAAGCGGAGACCUUGAGCAUGGUGUCCGGCUUUGAGGAAGCAGAGCACAUGCGUGCAGUGAUGUAUGGCAUGCGCCGCGAGCUCACUGAAGGAUGGCAGGUGCGUGCCAUGGACGAGGUCACCAUUCAUAUGUUGACCGACUGUCGCAGCUUGGAGACGCACUUGUUGCAGAACGGCAUGGGCACCACGAGUGACAAGCGGCUCUCGAUCGACAUGAGUGCUCUUCGCCAGAUGAUCUGGCGAGAGAAGGGAGAAGCCUACGGCGAUCCUUUGGGAACAGAUGGCAUCCCGAAGGACUCUACUACGAAAGUGGAGUGGAUCGAGACCAAGUCCAUGCCGGCAGACGCGCUCACCAAGAAGAUGCGGAGUGACCAGCUGAACCUGUUCAUGAGAACGGGGCACAUGAAGAUAGAUCGAGAUCGAUCCUCCAAGAAGGCCGGCAAUCGCGUUGUGCAGAUGAUUGACAAUGUGUUGGAGGCAGAUGAGGUCAAACAGGUGCGUCCGAAGAGCGAAGAGUGCGUCGCUCUCACGGUCCUGGUGGAAGCACCCAUUUUUGUGGUUUGCACGCUGACGGGCCUGGGCCUCUUCGCGUUCGCUGUGCAGCUCCUCCAUCGCUUGAGGCGGCUCAAGAUGAUGUUGACCAGCGAGCAGGCCAUAGCGGCGCUGCGUGAGGGAGUACACCCUGAUGGGCGAGCGUCAGAGAGCUCCUACGCUGGCAGCUCUCAAACGCGGGCAACUGCAGAGGCCUCAUCCAACGAAAGCACGGAGCAGCUGGAGCAAACGGGCAGGAUGGCUCGGAUCAUCAAAUGUAGCGAGGUUCAAGCUUCCUGUUCAGGCACCAGUCUGUCGGAGAGCGCCGUCGGUCAGCAAAGUGCCCUGGUCCGCAGUAGCCCGGACCUUUCGUCCUCUCUUCUGGAUGCCGAGAAGUCCUUUGCCGGCCUCGUUUCUGGAACAUGGGCCGGAACCGGCAUCUGCGAUCUCCGUGCGUCCGUGACAGCGCAGCAGAAGCAGAUCGACUCCUUGGUGGACCGCGUCGCUAUGCUCCUCUCAUCCAUGCACUCUGAGGUACUGCAAGACGUGCAGGCAGCUUUCGGCGCGUUCAACUUUGAAGCCAGACUGACAGAGAUGCGACGCGUAGGUGAGGAGCUAGACUCGCGCUUGAACGAGUUCAGAAACCAGGCUCGACGGUUUGGCUUCAACGAGACAUCUGCAAUUCAAGAUGAAGUUCUGCGACUUGGAGAAACCUUGCAUGGGUUUGACGCACGUUUCGCGGCGCACGAGCAAAAACUGCACGAGCUUGAAGACCAUGUCGGUGAGAGCAUGAUCGCCGUGCAUGACCGUCUCACUUCGCAGUGGGACGGCAUGUCGUCGGAGCUGAAGAAGUUGGCUGACCGUGUGGAGAACGCCGAGUCCGAUGUUGCGCUUUUGUCGGACGAGGAUCCUGGAAACUAUGCGGAGGCCCUGCAGAAAGCGUCAGACACGCUGCGCAUCGAGUGCCAAGAGUUUGUGCUCCAACAGCUUGAGCCUGCAAGCGCUCGCUUAGCCACCUUGGAGGAAUACUUCUCCCAGCAGCAUUGGGACCUGCUUCAUGCGUUACGAAACACAGAAGGAGCUGGGUCGAAGGAGGGCGACACUGUCCAUAAGGAAUGGCAAAGACAGGCGCAAGAUGACAUGAGGCAGCACGGCGAGCAGCUCCUCCACUUGACGCGUGAGCUCAGGGACGUUCGAGCCUUGGCCUCGAGCCUGGAAAAAGUGGUGGAAGGACACAGCAGGGAAAGCAGGGAGAAAAUCGCGACCGAGAAGCCCAUGAUUCAGGACCUUUCGCAGCGCAUGGACCUGGUCCAGGCAAAGCUCGAAGCGCAUGGUGCCAACCCGCGAGCGGAGCAGCGGGUCGACGAAAUGGAUGCCAGGCUCAACUCCAUCAGCCUUUCCACGAGUCAAGAGCUCCGCUUCCUCGCGCAACAGUUGCGAGACCUGGAGGGCACCUUGAGCAAGCGAGCGGACACUGCCGAGAAGACGACCGAGCGUUUGCAAGUGCAAGUUCAGGACGUGGUCUCUGUCAUGAAGGAUCUGCCGAUGGCCUUGUUGUCAGGGCCCAGCUUGCAAUCAGACGUUGAGGACCGCAUGCUGCAAGCACUGGAACGGAAGGUUGACCUGGCAUCGCAGGACUUGCGAUGUCAGCUCGAAUCGCAGAUCGCACAGAUGUCAAAUCGAGACCGGCAGAUGCAAAGCGAUGCACGUGCUCUCGAAGAUGUAAGAGACGUAAGAUCGCAAAAGCUUGCGUUCGAAGUGCGGAAGGAGUUCGAGCAGAAGCUGGCAGACAACGGAAUGUCCACACAGCAGUUGUUGAGGGAAUUGCGCCAGGAGCUCGAAGCUCGAGCAUCUCAGUCGCAAAGGCAGGGCGAAGAGCUGCGGCGAGAGAUGGAGCUGAAACUGGAGAGGAAGUUCUCGGCAUCAGAAAUGGCUAUGGAGGAGCUUCGGCACACACUGGACAACAUGCGAACCCAGCAGCAGGGAACCCUGCACAAACUCUCGGAAGAUAUGAAGCAGAUGAGUGCGGAACUGGAAGUCCGACUUGUAAAGGCACAGGGGUCGAGCCAGAGGUUGGCGGCCGAGCUCCACAAAGACUUGGAGGUGAACCUGACCGAGACGAGUCGGCAAGUGUUGCAUGAGGAACGACAGCAGUUGGUCAGCGAAUUCCGGCAGGACCUGGAGCGACGCCUUCUGCAAAGAAGCAACGGCCAGGCCAGCAGCGACCAGGUCCGACUUGCUGCCGAGGAGAUCCGGCAGCUCCGAUCAGCCAUGGACAGUACAAGGGAAAUAGCAGAAGAAGCACGCCGAGACGUGGUCGAGUUCCUUUCCCGUGGGUCAGACGACUCCUUCCUCGAAGCCGCAGAGCGAGCAGCGCGAGUCACAGCCAGCUCCUUGGAGGAUCGCUUUUGCGAGCGGUUUGAUCGCUGCGAUGCAGCAGCCAGCUGCUGUGAACAACUUACGAAAGAGAUGGAGAAUCGCUUGCGCCAAGUAUCCAGUGAACUUCGUGCACAUCAGCAGCUGGUGAGUGUUCUUGCACCCUCACUACAAUCGAUGGAAUCCGAUUCUGUGGCAACAGCAACAGCUGCUGCAACAGCUGCAGCGGCGGCUGCGACAGAAGUGCUCUCAGAGGUCCGGAACAGUCCUGCAAUGAGGUCACUGCGAAGUAGCCCGUCGAGGUCCCUGAACUCCACAACACAGGAGCUGUUUCGUCGUUCAGAUGAAGCAAUGUCAGAGCAGCCCGAGUCGCGCACUUGCCCAAUUUCACCGAUCUCCGAAGAAGCAGAGGUGGAUGAGCAAAGCUUCAUCAUACAGGGACGGCGCCAAAAGAACAGAGAUUUGAGCGUGGACGUCGACCAAUUUAGCUUGCAACAGAAAGUCGCAAGGAGCCUUGCGGGCUUGGAGGACUGA